AUGUCACUCAAAAAGCGCUACCAAAACGAAAACUGGGAUGAGGAACGCAGGAAAAGAACAGCCGAUGAAGUUCGGAGAAGCGCUAGGCUAAGAUACUUGCAACGGCUGCGUGAAAAUGUAGUUCUUUCUCAAAAAGAACUAUGGCCACUUUCAAAAAUUGUUAUUGUGGCAUGCAGCGAUGAUGAGACUGAUAAUGAGCGGGCAAUCUCACCUGAGGAUCCACAGGGUCCAGGAAGACCCUGUCGUGUUCGAAAUCUUGAAUGGCGUAGCAAGGAGCUUGAAAAUAUCUGUCUAUUACUCGAUUCUUCCAAGGCAAAAACCGAUUCCAGCACACCAGGGAAGAACAAGUCGCCGAAACUCACCGGACGUCCUACCAGGCCACGUUUGCGUGGCGAAGACAGGCCGGUAACCCGCACCUCUGUUCCGUCCGCCCUUCCUAUUGAUUGCUACUCUGUACGAUGGCUACAGAGUCUUUCUCCUCUUGAGAGAAGCGAGCUGGACAUUGCUUCUAAACCUAUUCUGAAGGAUCUACUUCCAAUAGUUAAAAGGAUUUGA